UCCGAUCAGAUUUCUAGAUGUUUUCAGAUUUUUUAGGACAUUUUCUGAUCCUUAAGUGAUUUUAUUGCCUAUUCUUGAUCCAUAUUUUCAAGAGUCACCCAGGAGGCCAUGCCGGGCAGCCCAGAGAACAUCCCCCUGGGAGAGUGCACUCUCUCCCAGUCCAGGGACCAGCUGACGCCCCCGAGCCGCACAGAGAGCACCGUGUUCAGCCUGUCCCGCAGCGAGUCCGUCUGGACCACCGAGACCUCCCGCAGCAAGCGUGAAGUCUUCUGGUUCCCUAUCCACCUCAUGUCCACCGGAGGCAGCUUCCUGGCGUGCGGCAUCAUCAUCAGCGGCCUCUACUUCGCCGGCCACUGCAAGAAAGUCACCAACAUCCUGGGGCCAGCCCUGCUGUCCAUUGGGCUGAUGGUGUUUGUGGUGGGCGUGGUCCUGAUCCCCAUCACCAAAGAGAACAGGAAGCGGUCGAAUAUGAAGCGGCCCCUCAGUUACUACAGGCCUCCGGCGUUCAAUCUGUGAUGGCGGGGGCGCUGACAUUUUGUUUGGAAGUAAUUCAGAAGAAGAGGAAACUUUAAAAAGCACACUAGAUUGAAGUUAAUCAUUUCAGCAUGGGAUCCUCUGUGGAACAUAAUUAUUAAAAGACUCCGCGUGGUGACAUUUAUGCUUGUUUCUCUGAUUUACCGGGAUUGACGACACUAUCUCAGUCUCAAGUGUGCAUGACAACAUUUGCAUUAAUAACCGCGGCUGCUGAAAAGAAGGUGAGCGCACAAGGACAACAAUGUGCUGUAUAAAAGGCAAUUAUUCACACAUUCACACACAAUUUAGCUAGGAGGAUACUAGAAAGCAAAGUGUCCUCAUGAAUAUUUAUGAAAGGGGAAAGUGGACAAGGGGGAUUUCCUAAUGUUGUGUGGUACAGUAUAUGAAAAAAAAAAGAAAAAUCAUGAAUAAUUAAAAGUUGUGAGAGCUUA